AUGAGCGUGACUUCGUGGUUCUUGGUGAGCAGCACUGGCAUUCGCCAUCGGCUCCCUCGGGAGAUGAUAUUUGUUGGCAGAGAUGACUGUGAACUGAUGCUCCAGUCCCGCAGUGUUGAUAAGCAGCAUGCUGUAAUCAACUAUGACAAGGAGAAAGAUGAGCACUGGGUGAAGGAUCUCGGGAGCUUAAAUGGAACGUUCGUCAAUGACGUGAGGAUUCCUGACCAGAAAUACAUCACCCUAAAACUGAAUGAUGUCAUUCGCUUUGGCUAUGAUUCGAAUAUGUAUGUUCUGGAACAAAUUCAACACAAAGUCCCAGAAGAAGCAUUAAAGCAUGAGAAGUACACCAGCCAACUUCAGAUGAAUUACAAAGGUACGCCAAUGAAGAGGGCGGAGCAGCCCAUGGAGCACGGUGUCUACGCUGAGUCCCCGCAAGCAAAGCUGGAGAAAGGAGAGAGGAAAGCAAUUACAGAAACCAAUACUUACCGCACCCCUCUUUAUGGACAGCCCUCCUGGUGGGGGGAAGAUGAUGCCAAUAACAAGGAGGACAGAAGGCAAGAGGAACAUUACUCAGAAAGAUCAAAAGAGAUAACCCAACAUGAAGAGGAACUGAAUGGUAAUAUUUCUGCUUAUAGAGAGGCCCAAGAACAGUCUGUGUUUGCCUUCCGGAGAGAGCCAAGUUACUUUGAGAUUCCAACUAAAGAAUUUCAGCAGCCAUCAAAAUCUCCAGAAGCACAGGUCCAUGAGAUCCCAACAAAGGAUGUUGAUGCUGUAGUAGCCCCCGUUGUACAGAGUCAUGCAUCUUUCACUAUUGAAUUUGACGAUGGUACCCCUGGUAAAAUAAAGAUAAAAGACCAUGUCACUAAAUUUUCGCUCAGACAGAGAAGACCAUAUAGUAAGGAACCAGCUCAUACAGAAGUGAUGUCAGCGGAGAGCAAAGUGGCUGACUGGCUUGUCCAGAAUGACCCAAGCUUGAUGAGACGGCAGUCUCCAGGAGAUGAUGUGUACAGUACAAAGAGUGACCUGCCGGUUCAUGUGAGGACGCUUAAAGGCAAUAGGCACGAGGACGGAACGCAGAGUGACUCCGAAGACCCUGUGGCGCCCAAGGCAGAGAAGGAGACAACGACAGGCAGUGAACGUACGACAGAGCAAACCAGGCUGCAGCGCCAGAUGAGGCGAGAUCCCCACGAGAUGCUGCACAGCAAGCAGGCCUUCGUCAUCGAGUUCUUUGAGGACACGCCGCGGAAGAAGAGGUCACAGUCCUUCACGCACAGCGCUCACUCCUCCCAGAGCGACACCGAUCCAGGGCUGAAGACCAAGGUGGAAAAGCGCAAGAAUGCAUUGCCAGCAGAGAAGCUGGGAACUGCGGUACCGCCGUCCCACCUUGGGGCCCAGGCAGGCAAGCCCAAUAACAACUCCUCCGGGACCCAAAGAACUAGCUCCUUCAAGAGGGAGAAGACGGAGGAUCGGAUCAACUCUUCAUCCUCUUCUGCUCCUAGAGCACCAGCCAAAACUUACGGGAGUGUUGGGAGGAAGUCUAAAAUGGCUCAGGAUUUUAUGGCUGAGUACUUGCGGGAGACUGCUCAGUCUGGGAAGCCGAGUGCUGAGAAACCAGCACCUCUGCCCAUGCCGGUAGCUCCACGCGUGGUUGUAUCAUCAGAACCAGAGUCUACCUCUGCUCCACCUCCGGAGGUAAAGUCUGCCCAGGGGAGGAGGAACGACGAGGAAGACAGUGUGAGUGAAACAGGCACAUACACCAUCGAGACAGAGUCGCAGGAUAAAGAGGUGGAGGAAGCACGAAAAAUGAUAGAUCAGGUUUUUGGUGUUCUUGAGUCGCCCGAAUUUUCCAGAAUCUCUUCAGCCUUUAGACCAAUAAUUAAAGGUGAAAAAGAUGACUCCGGUUCUCAUCAACAUCUAAUCAGUGAAAAUGGCACUAGUCAGAAGUCACCCUUGCUCCAGGCAUUUGCCUCAAAAGCUGUGAAUGGGUCUCAGGCUGAUUCGCAGAUGUCUGCGGCAUCUCAAGGGAGCCAGAAGUGGGUGUCUAGGUGGGCGAGCCUUGCGGACAGUUAUUCUGACUCUGGAUCUGUCUCUGGGCAGGGUGAUGGAGGUGCAGAAAGCAGUGUAGCCCAAAAAUCUGGGGAACCAGAAAACGCUGUGCCCUUGAGAACAAGGCGCCUUCUUCCCCAACUCCCACCAAGUGAUAAAUCAGACAGUCCCACGCCUGCGGUCCUGGUCUGCCAGGAGUCCUACUCUGAAGUUACCAAGAGAACCGUCAUGAAGGACCACUGUGUGGAAGCCUAUGUUGAUCCCAGCAGCCGCCUCUUCAUCCAGGAAGACUUGGAUCCAGAUAGCCUCAGCGAUGCCAGCAGAUCUGACGAUGGCUUCAGCACGGAAAAAGGCAAGAAAUAUAAAGAGAACAAUAAAACACUAGAGCAGAUGGGGGAAGACACAAAAUCAGAGAGUCGGCAGCCAGGAGCCUCCCGGGUCUCAAACGUGAGAGCUGUAAGUGAGCCAGUUUCUACUUCUUUCUACAUUGGUGAUGACAGCAAUGACGUGGGGAUUCCCUCCAAGCUCUCUCUAAGCGUGUCCCAUGCUCGAGCAGACAAAGACAGCAAGGAUCAGGAGUUUGCCUUCAAGACUGCUGGUGUGCCAGUUCCUGGAAAGUCACAGGUCAAAGAUGUUAGUGCUUACAUUAAUGCAGCAGGAAAAGUGGUUAUUUCCCUUCAUCAGAGUCUUCCUCAAGAUCAGGAAAGCAUGGCAGGAAAGGAGACAUCAUCUUUUGUUAGACAGGAAAGUUUUACCAAAGAUAAAUCAAGCAGUGGUGUUCCUCAAAAUAAACUCCCGCAUAUUUCAAGUCAUCCUCUGCUUAAAGAUUUAGAGGCUGUUCGGUCAACCCGUAUGGACUUUGGUCAGGAGACUCAUCUUCUCCUUAAGGACACUGAAACUGCCUUGGCAGCACUGGAAGCCAAAUUACUUGGUCAAAGCCAACAGCUGGAGCCCUCGGAAACUGCUGGUCAGCUGGAGGACUCCUUGUCGGGGGACUCGGACGUGGACACUGCCAGCACGGUCAGCUUGGUGAGUGGCAAAAAUGUCCCGACGAGCGCCCCGAAACGCAAAGCAAUCGCAAGCUUGCAGAAGGAGAAAUCUUCCUCCACACCAUCCAUCCAGGAUCAGUGCGGGCAGCCAAGCGCUCGGGACAGGCUGACGGAGAAGCGGAAAACGCAAGCACCGGAGGCAUCAAACCGCGCGGAGGCUGCCAAACGCUUCCAGAUGAAGCGGAGCGCUGGGACUCGAGGGUCGCUCGACUUCACGGAUGAUGAGAGAAGCUCGAGCCUGCCCUACUUGCCGGUUCCUGACGCGGUUGUGUCUGACCAUGAGCACUCAGUAACCCGACCGGUUCCCAGAAGGAAACCUUUUACUCAGGCUGCCAAGGAGGACCCCAGCAAAACAACCUCCAAUGUGCAGAAGAUCCAGCAAGUUCUCACCCGUUCCAACAGUUUAUCCACCCCACGGCCCACAAGGGCCUCAAAGUUACGUCGUGCCCGGCUGGGAGAUGCUUCAGACAAUGAGUGCGUUGAUACUGAGAAAACAAUCUCCAACCCUGAAGCUGCUGCUCCAGGCUCCAAGCAGUCCACGGAGACAAAGAAGCUCUCCCGGCUGGACAUCCUCGCCAUGCCAAGGAAACGGGCAGGUUCGUUUACAGUGCCCAGUGACUCUGAAACGGCGCAGUCAAGGUCGGGGUUUUCAGGCCGGAGCGUAGAGUCCUAUCGGAAGAUGGGUGUUUCGGAGGUUAGAACUGCAGCGAGGAAAACGGCGGCCGCCGCCCCCCCGCAGCAAGCUUUCGACAGCAGGACCCGUUCAAGCAGUGUCAAGUACUCCUCCUCAUCCACAUCAAGGCGGAGACCGCAGGGUUCAGAUUACACUUCUACUUCGGAGGAGGAAUAUGGCUCAAAUCACAGCUCCCCUAAACACAAACGCUCCCAUACUUCAACAGCCACACAAACACCGAGGAUACGUGGCUCUGGGCUGAGCAAGCAGAAGCACAAUGGCAGAGAAACGGAUGAUGAUGAAGAUUUUGAUGACCACCCUGACCCCUACAACUUCAUGGCGCAAACAGCAGAGAUAGCAGAAAUAGCCAGACUCAGCCAGACCUUGGUGAAGGAUGUGGCCAUCCUUGCUCGAGAGAUUCACGAUGUUGCUGGAGAUGGGGACUCGCAGAGUUCAUUGGGGACGGGACCGAGCACCUCCCUCAGCUCUGUGCCCAACACUCCUGCUUCUACCAUAUCAGCGAGAGAAGAGAUUGCUCGUAGAUCUUUUCGGCUGGCAUAUCCAUCUCAGUUGGUGCAGCACAUUCCAGAAGCAAGUCUGAACUACCAGAAAGUGCCUCCGGGAUCAGUGGAACUGAAGGAUUUUGACCAAAAUAUGAAUGAUAAUAGAGAAGAGGAUCCUUCAAGAAAAACAAGGACAAGAAACCGUGAGGAGGUAAUCUUUGACAAUCUGAUGUUGAACCCGGUGUCCCAGUUAUCACAUACAAUCCGUGAAAACACAGAAAAUUUGGCUGAAAAAAUGAAGAUUCUGUUUCAAAACUCAGAAAGGACCUGGGAGGAGAUGGAGGCCAAAAUUAAUUCAGAAAAUGAAGUGCCAAUUCUGAAGACAUCAAACAAGGAAAUCAGUUCUAUCCUGAAGGAGCUCAGGAGAGUUCAAAAACAGCUUGAAGUCAUAAACGCCAUCGUUGACCCUACUGGAAACUUGGAUGUAGUUGCCAGUAACAAAGCAUCUUCUGCUGCUAAACAAUCUACAGCCAAUAAAGUCAGGACUGCUAACACUUCUGGGUCCACCCUGGAGACUUUGUCCCCAGCACAGAUGAGAAACUACACACAGAAAUCGAACUGUGGGUCUUCUAGCUUACAAGAUUCGAAUUUCAUUCCAGAUGGAGAGAAAUAUGUGAUCUGAUAGAAUAUUUUGUAUGGCUAUCAUAUUGUAAUCUACUGUCGCAUUAGUAUUGUGUAUGAGUGGUUUGUGGACAGUUUGUGUGGAGCAGUUGUUUAGAUUGCUAACACGUUGCACAAAAAAAAAAAAUAUUCUAUGCUGUGAGGGUGAAUGGAAAGUCUGCGUAUGCCUUUUAAACAAGACUAGCACUGUGGAGCAGCACAUAUUCAGCAUAGAGGUAAACUGAUUUUUAGAAAAUUACUCACUUAUUCUUCCAGUGUGCCAUAAGAAAACAGGCUUUGCAUACGCUCUAUUCAGUACUGCCAAAGCGAAAGUGUUCUUGCAUUGGCCUGUUUAUAAUUAUUCAGUUGUAAUAAGGCGCAAUUUAAAAACACUUUUUCUGGUACUAUAUUUGCUUUGGUUUUGUUUGAUUAUUUUUUUUUUUUUUUUAGUGUACAAGUGAAGCAUUACAACUCUGUUGGAAUCAAUGUGCAGAUCCAACAGAAUGAUCGUGCA